AUGACGGAAAAAUCGCAAAAUAAUGAAGUUUAUCCGAAAUUGACGGAAAAUGGUGAGUUUUUGGUGGGGAAAACGGGGUUUUGCUGAUUUUUUUUUCAAAUUUUCAGAUUCAGAAAAGGGUGCGGGAGUGGAUGAGAAGCCGCCAGCGUACGAAAAAACGCACGGAAAACUGUUUGGCGAGGUGGCCGAUUGGAAUUUGGUGAUGAAGGCGGCGGAUUUUGCGGCGCGCCGCCAUCGACAUCAGAAACGCAAGGAUAAUGUUACACCGUAUAUCAAUCAUCCGCUUGGUGGGUGCAAUUUUGGCGGGAAAUUUGAAUUUUAGCUCAAAAAAUCGCAAAUUUUCACCCAAAAAUCAAUUUCAGGAGUCGCCUACAUUCUGACAAGCGAAGCCAACGUUUUCGAUCCGGUAACCCUGGCCUCCGCUGUUUUACACGAUGUCGUCGAAGACACAAAGACGACGUUGGAAGAGAUUUUAGCGGAAUUCGGCCAGGAGGUUCACGAUGUUGUUAAAGAAUGCUCAGAUGAUAAAACAUUGCCGAAAGCUGAGAGAAAACAAUUGCAGAUUCAGAAUUCGGGAAAACAUUCGCAUCGUGUAAGUAUUUUGAGGGUUUUGGCGCGAAAAUGCGAUUUUUUUAUAGUAAAUAAGCUUGGGCUACUGUAGUAGAUCAAUUUUGGCGCGAAGCUACAGUAACCCUUAUUGUUAAGCCUAGGCUUAUUAUCGAAAAUCUCAUCGGUACCACGCGCUCCACCGAUAUAAACACGCAACACAGACCGCGUCGCGCCACAACACACACAAAAAAGGGAGGGAAUUUGAAUCGUUCCCUUAUUUGUGUGUGUGUUGUGGCGCGACGCGGUCUGCGUUGCGUGUGGAGCGCGUGGUACCAAUAAAAUUUUCUAUAAUAAGCCUAGACUUAUUUACUAUCAAAAUAUUCGAAAUUUUGGCGCCAAUUUCAUCCUACAGUAACCCCAGUCAUAUUUACUAUCAAAAAAUUCCGAAUUUCCAGGCAAAAUUGGUGCAUCUGGCUGACAAAUUGUACAAUCUUCGAGAUUUGGAGCGAAAAACACCGAUUGGCUGGGAUAAGAAACGUGUCAACGAGUAUUUUCAAUGGAGUCGUCUUGUGAUCGGAGAAAUGAAGGGAACAAACAGUGCGCUGGAAUGUGCACUGGAUGAUGUGAUAAAUCGAAGAAAUUUGUGA